AAAGGGCUUAGCCAACCUUACACAUCAACAUUUUUAUUGAGAUACAGGACAACUUGGCUGAUGACUUUAAUGCCGAAUUAACAAGCAGACCUUAUCUAUUCCUACGUUUUGUUCUGCUUUACAUAUAACAUCGGCCGAUAAGCAGGAGACCGCUAAAUUGCCAGAUUGUUGAAUGCUGUGUAGCAGAAGCCAUUUUUCAGAGCGUUUCAUUAAAGCAUUACGGUAUUUAUGCAACUGUCAGGGCGGACUUUUACGUAACCUCGGUGCACGCCGGUGCCGGCUGGAAAUUAACCAGAUUCUACCUCAAAACACGGCCUGAGCGGUGCAGUGUGAUGUUAUGGCUGCUUUUAGCUUCAAACUCGUGUCCCUGGCCGCGGGCAGGCUGUGCCGCCCCGGGCUGGCGCCGCUCCGUGCGCUCUCAUGUGCGGCGGCCCGGCGGCAGCUGCACCGGCCCGAGGGCAGCGGCGCUCUCACCGGGAAGGUGGACCGGUUCGGCGGGGUGACGGUCAACCUGGCUGACAUCGGCUUACCGGCGGACAUCAGCGAAAGUUCAUUCAGCAACUUGCUGCGAGACUCUCUGGCCCGAUGGAGAGCGGAGGGGAAAGUGGCCGUGUGGCUUCAUGUGCCCAUCUCACUGAGCCGCUGCGCCGCCGCCGCCGCCGCACACGGCUUCACCUUCCACCACGCCAAGCAGGAGCGAGCCGUGCUGGCCCUGUGGCUCGGAGAGGGGGAGAGCAGGCUGCCGGGCUUCGCAACUCACCAGGUUGGAGUAGCAGGAGCUGUGGUCGACGAGUCCAACGGAAACGUUCUUGUCGUGCAAGACAAAAAUAAGACAAAGAAUGCUUGGAAGUUCCCUGGUGGCCUGUCUGAUCCAGGAGAAAAUAUUGGUGCGACGGCGGUUCGCGAGGUCUUCGAGGAGACCGGCGUUCACUCGGAGUUCAGGUCCCUCCUCAGCGUCCGGCAGCAGCACAACCACCCCGGCGCCUUCGGCAUGUCCGACAUGUACAUCAUCUGCCGGCUCAGCCCGCUCAGCUACCACAUCAACUUCUGCACCCAGGAGUGUCUGCGCUGCGAGUGGCUGCCCCUCGCCGAGCUGGCCGCCACCAGCCAGACCACGCCCAUCACCGCCCGCGUCGCCAGGCUCCUGCUGCACGGCCUGGAGCACGGCUUCGACAGCAUCGACCUCGCCAUGGAGGAGCUUCCCGCCGUCUACUCCGGCAUGUUCUACCAGCUGUACCACCGGCAGCUUCCCCCGCCACAGAAACCCUCGCUGUAGCCUUCAAACCGAGCCGGCGUGGACCGACCGCCACCGUCGGCGCUGAGCGGGUCAGCAUAUCAUGGCGAGCUGCGUUAAGACACGGUUGCUAAAAUGACACAUACUUGAAGUGUUUUUUGAUGACUGGACGUCUGUUUGCGAUGUGAUUCAGGCAAGAACGGUCGCUGGAAAAGGAACGGGUUCUACAAACGCCGUGACCUUUUAAAUAAUAUCCUUUAUUUAACCAGGUAAAAAACUCAUUAAAAGCACGUGAACGCUGUGGCUUUGCAGAAGAGUCGGUCUGGAACGUGUCCAAUGUGAUGGCGUUUUCUGGUGAACCCGCCUGACUUUAUCUCCGCGUAGUUUGUUUAACAAAAUGAGCAACAAAGUGCUUUUCAGUGGCAGCCAUGUUGGAGGUCCUCUGCUCUCGAUGUUAGCAGCUCAUCGUGUUUCUAAAAGUACCGUACCGCACUUUUUUUUUUUUUUGCACGCAUUGUUUUGUUUUUUGACAGGGUCAUUUUGUUCUUAGAUAAUGUCAGCUUGUUGGCUAGCUAACCAUAGUAUCCGGUCAUUGUCUUGUAAACACAUCGGACUCACUCUAGCUGAUGUUACCUAGAAGCUGGUUUUAGUGUUUGCUAGCAGCAUUUUGGUAACACUUUUACAAUAAGAGUACAACAAUUAACGUUAGUUAAUGCCGUAAUAAACAUGAAGUAACAGGUAAUAAACAUGAAGUAACAGUUAACUAACCGUUAGCUAAUGUGUCUAAGAAUCAUGUACUAAUGCUGCUCAUGCUAAGGUAUUAAUUUAUGUUAUUUAAGGGUUAUUGUAACAUUAGUAAAUGACAUAAUAGUCAUUAAUUAACCAUUACGGCAUUAACUAACGUUAACUAACAUUAAUUGUUGUACUCUUAUUGUAAAGUGUUACCAGCGUUUUUAAAGUUUUUAAAAGAAGUCUGUUGCCUCAGUAAUUUAACCUGCCAGGGAGUAUGCUAGCUAACCUCAAAAAACAGUUGUUUGUUACCUGAACUGGCCUUUAAACUAUAACUAUAACUAAGUUUUUUGGAGAAAAGACUACAGCUGAAGACAAGAGACAGGUAAAUUUUGAGGAAACAAAUCGAACUUUUGACUCACUUUUAUCGACUUACACCCACACUGUAAUAACCGUUUCAGGUAUCUCAGGUUGUUUUGUAAUUCUGCUGCUUUCGAUGAGGGAGUUCAGAUAUUUGGAGUUCAUCAUUAUCGACAUACAUGUGUUCAAAGAUACCGUCAUUUUUACCGUUGAUGUUGUUCAUGUUGUUACGACAUCAAGGGUUAAACUUUGCAAUGAGGAACUCCAACAUCAAAUUGAGUCCAGCAUCAGACGUUUAUGUGCAGCCAGCGUGCCGACGGACCUCCAUGGCGGCUCCGACGUGGUUGCUGGGAGAUUUGCCAGAUUUCAAAGGUCACCAUCCAGCAACGGCCCUAAACUAACAUUUGAAAUUUAACUGUCCUUCACCAUCAUCGCCUCAUAUUGAAAACAUCCAGCUCGACCUCUUUUGCUCCGGUCCGGCGCGACAUUUCCGAGAUGUUGACUAGAAACAACCAAUCAGAUGCUGAGCAGUGUGAGAAUAAUGUGUGAGAAAUAUACUGUAGUGUGCAUUUGAUUUUGAUUUUAUUUUGCCAAACUAAAUUUGUGUGUCACAGGCACAAAAAUCCUAAAAAAGAUUUAUUGAUACUCUUUGUUUGCAGUGACUUAUUUCUUUUGAUCAAUCCUGUUCUACAUUUUUUUUUUUUGUGGACCCGAGUUGCCUGAAUCACGUACAUCUUUUAUCACGAGGUUUUCCUCGAGGUUUUCUUGAAACAACGCACGUUCCUGCCGCUCACAUGGUGGUAAACUGAGGCUCAUGUCCACAAGGAGACAUGAACAGAAGGUUGCUGGUUUGAAUCCCUGUGCCAGCGAGGAAAAUCUGUGUGGGGAAGCGACGCUCUGUGGUCAUUGGACCGACUGGUUUGAAUGGGCAGCUCCUCCUCUGUUUGAAAGUGUUCAGGAAACCUCCCCUCAGCAAAACUCGGAAAAUAAACAAAACAAAAAAAAAAACACAAUAAAAUAGAAUAAAAUCACGGUUGAAAGCAUCACAGCCAUUUUUUGGGGCAAUGUCGAAGGAACCCUUUGUCGCCAUUGCCUCUGUCACAUCUUGCGUGUCUCUCCUCCUCCCCCUCCGUCUCGAUCUUUCUGCCCUUGAAACGUUAAAUCCGGAGCGGUUCCCAGAUUAGCACUUGGUGGACAUUGGGAGGAAAAGAAUGGCCUUCUGACCCGGUCCAGUUUUGUUUCCGGACUUGUACUGGCCAGUCCGCUUCAGCGCCACGUACAUGUCCGGGUACUUCCUGGAGCGGUAGGUGUUGUAGUUGUUGCUCUCCAGCCGCUCCAUGAAGUAGCAUUCCUCCGUUACUCGUCUCUGAGGGAAAAGAAGCAGAGAAUCGUAAAUAUAGCGAGUGCGGCUCGAUGUACGGAGUUUGAUUUUUACAUUAAAAACAUUUACCGAGGCUUUCGAGCGAGUCAAGCGUUGGAGUGGCUGAACCUUUGACCUUUUGGUUACAGGACACCUCCCCAGUGCACUUGCUGUAUCUUAUAAACUGGCAAACUGGAAUGAUAUCCUUUAGAAAAGCCAUCAAACUAGUCUUUUCUAAGGUGUACAAUAUGUAACCUCAUCACUAUUUUUUUUUUUUUUUGCCAUAAAGGAACUGCUGGUCGGCCAUUUCAGUCCAAGUGUAUAAAUGCACAGUUGCAAGUAUUCAUCCCAAAAUGCAAUGCAUCCAUUUGGGAUCAGUUUUACUACAUGAAAUGCAAAUUACAGGUGCAAUUCAACAGUUAGUUCGUAAAGCCUCUGCUACAUUUUUGUUUUCCUCAUUUUGGGAUGGCAUCCUUUAAUUCUAGUACAACCAUGUUCCUUCUCUGCUCCACUUUUCAUCUAAAGUCUGUAGAGCCUAAAGGACGUCUUUGUACUGUACGCACGGUGACAUGAAAUCAAAAUGAGAUAUAUGAUCUGGGUGACAUUAAAUCGAACGAGUUGAACACAUGCUGUCAGGAGACGGGGGACGUUUGUAACGCUGAUAUUUUAUUGAGGUUAAUUCACCUCAUGAAACACCUCAGAGCUCAAUGCUGACUUUGUUUCAAUAAAGUGACUUUGUCCCAACGAGACUCUCGGGA